AUGUUCGUUUCGCUCAGUUCUUCCAAAAUGAUAAUUCCGGUGUAUUUGGUGGCAUUUUUUUGCACUGUCGUGUUGGGACGGUUGGCCGAAAAGGACCAACAGAAUCCGGAAAGAAAAACGGAUCCAGCACGACUUGACUUGAAAAUAGCUCAUCAACCUGGACAACCCGACGAACCUCAUCCAGAAAUUUUUCCUAGUGUCGAAAAUGUGGGAAAAGAUGCGCCGGGGAAGUCUGAAUUAAUCGGAGAAGCUAAAUCUGAAUUGCUAGAGUCGGCGCCGGUUCUAGUUCCGCCCAACCCUGAAGAUGCGCUAUCCAGUCGAAGUCGAAGAUUUUUUCUUCCUUACCUUUCGUCUUACCGUCGACCUUACUACCGCCGACCGUACGUGAGAGGUGCUUAUUAUCCUUAUUCCUUCGGAGGCAUCUUCGGAUAUCCGUAUUAUGGUGCUGGAUACGGUGACUACGGCGGAGGAUACUACGGCGGCUACGGCGAUUACGGUGGGGGCUAUGGUGAUUAUGGUGGAGGCUACGGUGAUUAUGGAGGGGGCUAUGGUGACAUCGAUAUCGGAAUCGAUUCAGAUUAUUAACUAAAUUAUUCGCCCAAAUAAAUCGCUCACUCUUGAAAAAAUUGCAUUUCAAAUUUUUCCGCCAAUAAAUUGUAUUCUUGGUUUUGAGAACAGUCACGAUUUAAAAUUACAUACUUGAUUAUGAAACAAAGGGUGAGAAAGUUAUAGGCCUACUGAACGGAAGAGUUAAUAAAAAUCCACUGCUCAUUUCGGACCAACGACACGGGCCAAAUUCAACAGCGGUUGAAAAAUGU